AUGUCAUCGUUUUCUGAAGGCGAACAAUUAAUGUCGUUUAAUAAUCUUAUAAGAAUAAAUAAUCAACAUAUAACAAACAAAUUGGAUUAUUUAUUAAUUUAUUUGCUAUGGUAUUUAAUAACAAAUAAAGUGUAUUUAUGGAUGAAAGAAACUGAAAAAAAAGAUUUUACUUCAACAAUUGAUAUUGAUAUUGAAAAUUAUAUACAAGAACAUGAUAGACAUGAUGGACAUGACGGUAAAUUUAGUUUGAAAAAUUUACCAGAUCUUAAACAAGAAUUAAAACGAAAAAUGCUACUGUUACAGUGUGUUCUUCUAUAA